AGCAGUAGAUGGUGCGACGAGCAGUGGAUGGUGCGACGAGCAGUGGAUGGUGCGACGAGCAGUGGAUGGUGCGACGAGCAGUGGAUGGUGCGACGAGCAGUCGAUGGUGCGACGAGCAGUGGAUGGUGCGACGAGAAGUAGAAGGUGCGACGAGCAGUGGACGGUGCGCAGACACAUUAUCAGAGGAAAAUACUGAGAGCGGAAUGACAUGUGUUCUGAGUUGAUCUGUGUGUCUGUGUCAGACACCACUCUGAGUUGACCUGUGUGGCUGUGUCAGACACCACUGAACUUAUUCACUCAUACUUAACACAGGUUUGGUGACACAAUGAGAAGAGAAGCAUGUGUAAUGAUGGAAGAUCGUAAUAGCACAUCAACAAAUCUGCAUUCAUUGGCCAUGAACGGAGAGCUAGAUGUUCUGGAUCGUCUCCUACUUGAUGGUGCUGAUUGUAAUGCACAAGACAGCUCUGGAAAUUCUUCAUUACAUUAUGCUGCCUAUUAUGGUCAUCGUGACUGCUGUAAACGUCUUCUUCAGUGCCCUGGUUUGAAAGUGAAUGCUGUAAAUAAUGAUGAAAGUAGUCCUUUGCAUUUUGCUGCUCAAAGAAACCAUCUUGAAAUAAUAGAGCUUUUGAUGUCAAAUGGUGCAGACGUUAACCUGCGGAACAAUGAAGAGAGUUUGCCAUUACAUUAUGCAGCCAAGAUUGGCUGUAAAGAUUCUUGUCAAGCUCUGUUAUCUCGUGUCAGCAGUGAUGAGAGAGAAACUCACUUAAGAGCAACAGACGUUGAAGGAAAAACGCCUCUCAUGCUGUCUGUUAUGGGGGGUCAUGAAAUGUGCUUUGAUGAAUUGAAAAAUACUGAUAUAAAUAUAAAGGACAAGGAGGGGAACACUGCUCUGCAUUAUGCUGUUAUCAGUGGAAGUACAAAUGCAGUUGAAAAACUUGUUAAAAUGAAGGCUAAUCGAAACGAAAAGAAUAAAAAUGGAACAACUGCAGUUCUUGCAGCAGCAAGUAAACAGAUGUCUGCUUGCUUAAAGUAUAUUGCGGAAGAAUAUCCAAACUAUCCAUAUAUAACUAACGAAAUUAGAGCUAACUUGUAUGAAAAAGACAAUAAUAAUAAAAACAUUCUUCAUUAUGCAGCUGAAAAAAACGCUGAAAACUGCCUCAAAUAUUUAUUUACUUACAUAAAAAGAGAGGAUAUUCUUAAUGACAGAGAUAAGGAUAAAAAUACUCCACUUCAUACUGCUUUAAUAUGUAACAAUUUCGACUGUGCUCAUUUAUUACUUGAAGAAGGAGCAUCACCAGUGAAGCGGGGACUGCAAGGAAUGACACCUCUUCACCUGGCUGCUGACAAAGAUUGUACAAGUAUAUGUGAGAUACUCCUUGCAAACGCUGAAGUGCAAGUUAGUCAGGAGAAUGAUAACGGGGAAACAGCACUUCACCUUGCAGCUCGUCGUGGGUCAGUAGAUAUAUGUCGAAGACUUCUACAAAAAGGAGCCUGUUUAUCAGCAACUGAUAAAAAUGGCCAGACAGCACUCCACUCUGCAUCAGUUAAAGGAAAUGCCAGUGUAGUUAAAUUUCUUAUUAAAAGAGGCAUACCCACACGGAUUAAAGAUAAUUAUGGUUCCACUGCUAUGCACCUUGCAGCAUCUGCGGGAUCACUGGAAUGUUGCCAGUUGUUAGUUGUCAGUGAUGAAGAAAUGCUCUGUGUUACAGACAAGAAUGGAAGCUUGCCUCUAGACAGAGCUUUUGAACAUAAUCACGACAGUGUAUUUAAAUAUCUUCUUCAACAGCUUCCUUACGACUCCGACGAAAAGCGGAUGAUCUGUUUACAUCAGUACGCUUUUCAAGCCUUGGAGACUAACAGACCAGUUGUUGUUGAAAGCCUCGUUGAUAGCUCGUGGUGGCAAGCUGUAUUUAUCGGACCAAAUGGGCACAAGUGUGAGAAUUUUAGAAAUAUUAUAAAGCACCAUCCUGACCUCGCACUGAAGCUACAAGAUAAGUGCAUCACAUACUCAGACUCUGAGGUGACUUACGACUUCAGAUUGUUUGAAGACAACUUCUACAUUCCACCAGAGAACGACAAGAUAGCCCAGAGUCCCUAUGACACAGAAAGUGGGAAGUUGCGUGAAGAUGCGGCACAGUUUAUCCAAGAUCGACUUGAAUGGAAGAAGUGUCAUCCUGUGAAUCUAAAUGGUGCAACACAACCUCUUCAGCUGCUCCAACACUCUUUAACAAAAGCAUGGCUCCGACAUAAAUGGAAGUCAUACUUAUUUUUCGUCUUCCUUAUCCUCCUCCUACUGGAGAUAUGUUUUGUUAUCUCUCUGAGUUUCUUCUUGAAAACUGCGGACACCUGGCGUAACACAGAAAAACGAGGCAACAUUACCAGAGAAAAGUAUUGUAAUUUAGCAACAACGCAAAAAACGGUGGCAAAACAGACUUCCACAAUUGAUUCUCUGAAUGGAAAUACUUUCUCAGGAGAAAAUGAAGAAACUUUAAUGAUGUUAUUAGAUAAUUCAACAAUAAUUAAGUUUAUGGAAAGGCAUCAAAAACAGCCAGCGAAGCAUGGGAGUGUAUGGGUUCUGCUGGCCUGUACUCUCACCUUAAUGAUCUUGGACAUCAACUGUAUGUAUCAACUGAGGAACGAAUAUUUGAACACUGGCAGUGUGAUGAGGCUCUGCCGUCUGUUACUCACUAUUGUUGUCAUAGUACCAGGAGGGACCUGUGAAUUUCAUUAUCAUAUACUUUUGACUGGACAAUGGGUAUGUGGAAUCUUGGUCAUACUAGUGGAAUGGUUUUGCUUCAUCGAACUCUUCAACCAGUUACCCACAGUCUUUAUUCUAUUGCCUAUUACUCGAAGCUUUCUCAAGCGUUUUGUCCUAGUGGCAUUCUAUAUUGCCUCGCUUGUAAUUACAUUUGCCUUCAUUUUCCAUAUGCAAUUAAAAGAUCAAGCUGACUUCAUUACAUUGCCACAAGCCAUAAUCAAGACAAUAAUGUGGAUGUUUAGUGAUUUAGCCUAUAAUGACACUUUUCUCAGUGACACGAACCCUCUUGUUUAUCCAGUGUUGACGAACCUUGUCUUUCUGAUCUUCGUCAUUAGUGUUACUAUCAUUAUUGCAAAUUUAUUGAUUACUCGGUCAUCUGAAAAACUUAAUGACUUGAGAGAAAAAGCUGUCUGUUACCAGGCAGCAUCUCAGUGUAUAACUUGUCUUAAAUUUGAUGUUUGCUACCCUUUUUUUCAUAAAUAUGGGACGAGAGAAAAAAUUAAUGAAAAGCUAAUUGGAAAAAAUAUUUACAAUAUGACUAUAAAGAGAUUUGUAAUACGAGACACUGAAAAGCAACUGCAUCUGGAAGAACAUAAUAAGCAACUCAACACUUUGGCAACGCAACACUUGGAGGAAAUACAGGAUCUUAAAAACUGUAUUAGAGACAUAACUUUUUACUUGAAGGAAAUACGAGAUAUUAAGCACCAAAUUAAAGACAUAAGUCAUCAGUUAAAAAAAAAUAACGAAAUGAUCACCACUUCGAUGAAAUACGUGAACUUAAGCACCAAAAGGAAGACAUAA